CCUUUCAGGAUAUGGUUUUUGUCUUUGCACAUCCUCAAAACAGCCAGUGAGGAGGGGUGAGGGGGAUGGGGAAGCUGUAGCAGAGGUAAAAGGUGCUAUAUUUAGCUUAAUAUAUAGGUUCUUAAACCUCCAUCCUACCUCCAUCACACCUGUAAAAGAGCCCUGCUGUGGGCACUCAGCAGAAAAAGCGGAGGAAGAGGCUUUUCGACCGAAGAUAACCGAAAGCAUCACCCACCCUACGCCUUUGCUUUCGCCGGAAGGCUGUGGGAGGGAGACCCCGCCGUCUCCUAAAGGUGUUGAUCCUUCCUCCCGUUGCUGGCGAGGUGCGCUCCUGGGAGCAACCCACGACGGGCUGACACACCGGCACCCUCGGAGGCUUUUCAGACUGAGCUGUCUAUGUAUUGACUCAUUUAUUGAGAGAGAGUGUUCUCUGUUUUAGUAAUGAAUGAGGUUCAGAAGAGUUAUAAGUAUACGUUGAAAGUCUUUGGAGUUUGAAAGACCACCUCUUCAUCUGCUUUCCACCUGGCAAGACUUGCAUAGUAAGUAAAUGACUUCAUUUAUGCUGUUUGGAAUGAAGAUAGAUUUUAAUUUUACCAAUAAAUUGCAGUAAUUUCUAGAUCCUUUUGUGUUCUUCAUGAAUCCUAUGCAAUUUAUGGCACUGUGUGGUGAUAUUUUAAAACAAAUUAAAUUCCACAAGAAGGCAUUCUUAAAGAGGUAAGAUUUAUGCUUUCCUCCCUUGACCCCAAAAUAUUUGCUCAAACAGUCUGAUGUUCAGAAGAAACUAUUUUUUUAAAAAAGGAAGUGGCAAACCUCUGGGGCCAAAGUCAGGUUUACAAAAGUGUUGCUCAAAAUGAGCUGUUCGACCAAAACUGAGGAUCACUUGAAGUGAUUUAUGGGAUGAUGGCGUACUUGUAAAGAACUGGCAAGAAUGGUAAGAGGGAGAGAACAGCAACACAGCUUGAUGUCAUUCUGGAAUAUUGCUGGAAAUGCAGUAACCUCUGUUAUCCAUCUGCUUUAGACCACAGGAAGUUUCUGAGUGAAUCUCAGGGCACUGUCUUAGAACAUCUUUCAGAACAAACAAGAACAAUUCAGUUUCAUUUUUCUGGAGAAGAAGUGAGAAAUAAGAAAAUGAUUCUGAUUUUUUUUUUAAUGCUUAUUUUUGAAUCUGCCACUGGGAAGCUGUGUCCCCUUCGUGCUUCCAUUGAUGUGCUAGAAGGAGAAUAUUUUUUCCUUUGUUAUCUUGAGUCAAUGCGAGAACACUUUCAGGAAGGAGCAUACACAAUAAACUGGUACAAAGAUAAUGCUGGAAAGCAGGAACUGAUAAAGGAAUCACACAGAAUUGUUUCCCAAAUGAAUUUUCUGGAGUUUUGGCCAGUUGAACUUGGUGACUCUGGGAAUUACUCUGUCAUUCACAGCAAUGGAAAACAAAAUCUCACAAUUCAAAAGUGGACCUUGAAUGUACUUGAAAGAAACAAAAGCAGCUGUUUCAACAAAAAUCAUUUAACUACAGAAAUUAAAAAUGCUGGAACUGGUCAUUCACUGAAAUGCAGUGAUUUGUCUGUCACUGAAAAUAACAGCAUAACAUGGUACAAGGACUGUAAGAACUAUGAAAAUGCAACAGAGCAGGAACUGGAUUUUGAAACCUUAACAGUACAGCACUCAGGGAUAUACACCUGUAAAAUUUUAAUCAGCCAUGAAGGAAAGAUAUACCACAGCACAAAUACAAUUAAGCUGGUAGUAGAAGAAGAUGCACCAGAGACUGUAACUUUGGAGAUAGUUGGACGCCAUGAAGAAAUUGAAACAGAAAUAGGUAAAGAAGAGAUACUCAAUUGCACAGGAUUCUUGGGUUAUUAUAUGCCAGAAGAUGCCAGCCUCUACUGGUUAAUUAAUCAAGAGUUUCCAGAAAAAUGCACAGGUAUCCCCGAGACAGACCCUUCAAUAUGUGAAGAAGAAUGCAAAAAAUUACAGCUGGGAAACAAGUUCUAUGUCACAAGGUUACUACAGAUUAAAAAAGUAACAGACGAGGACAUGCGUCAUAAUUUCACCUGCAUGUUGCAAGCUGAUGAAAGAACACAAAUAAAAAUAGUGAAACUGAAGAAAGGGAACACCCAAGAUCUGCCUGUGCACAUUUUUACAACAGGAAUGGUCCUUGCUGUGCUAUUUCCAUGUGUUGCUGUAGCUUCAGUGUUUGUCUGUGUGAUGUUUAGAGUCGACUUAGUUCUGUUUUACAGGAACGUAUGCAGAAGAGAUGACACUGCUAGAGAUGGAAAAGAAUACGACGCAUUUGUGUCUUACCUGAAAGACUGUGUUUCUCCUACUGAAGAAGAGAGAGAAUUUGCUUUGGAGAUACUGCCCAUGAUACUAGAAGAAAAUUUUGGGUACAAGUUAUGUAUAUUUGAGAGGGAUGUAUCCCCUGGAAGAGCGGUUGUUGAUGAUAUCCAUUCAUUCAUUGACAAAAGCCGAAGAUUAAUCAUUAUACUGAGCCAGAACUACAUUUCUGACAGAGCCAUAUAUGAACUUGAAAGUGGACUGCAUAAGGCCCUAGUUGAAAGAAAAACUAAGAUCAUAUUAAUUGAGUAUAUGCCAAUAAGUGACUACAGUUUCUUGCCAGAAUCACUGUCUCUUUUACCAUCAAAGAGGGUUGUGAAGUGGAAAAAGGAUAAAUCUCUUCCUGUGAAUUCCAGAUUUUGGAAGAACCUUCGGUACCUGAUGCCAGCAAAACCUGCUAAGAAAAACAUCAAAGGUCACUAUAAUAAUCUUGCCCUAGGCUCACAAGGGGCUCAACCACGGACUGAGGGCUGUGAAUUUAAUGGAGUUGUAUAACAAUUCUGGAGGCAGAAGACUGUGCAUUUUGCUAACUACUAGAAAACACAAACCGCACACUUGCUUUGGAAAGACAGUGUUCAGAAGAGGUCAAGUCUGGGAUCUGAGAAAAAUGUAGAAAUUGCUACAGUGGCCAAGAUGCUAAAUGUUAUCCCAGAGAGUUUCCUUAACAACCUGCACAAGAAGCAGGAAUUCCAUUCUGCUUAGGACUUGCCACAUGGCACAAAACGCAAUGCAGGACAUUUUGAUUUCACAUUUUUCAGUAAUGUAGAAUGAUAUGAAUUAUACUUGCAUACAUGUUGAGUCCCCUUAAUAAACGUAUCUCUAUUUGACACGUA